GCGUCCUGAACAAACAAUUUUGUCCAACCCUGUUGUGCAACUGAAGAAACUAGACAUGAACGCAGGCCCAUCACAGCGUGAUCAAAUUGAUCUUUCUAAACUUUGUUCUACACCUAGAGCAGGAAAAAGAGGAAAUUCCUCAAGACGCAGUUUCGGCGAAAUUUCAUUAAAUCAGCUGUACACGCCGACUCGUCGUGGUCAUAAAGCAUCCAGUAUAUAUCCUCGGUUCUCAAAGGAACUAGUAGUGCGACUAAGUCCUAUAUCUGCCGCCCUCAUUAAUAAAUAUAAAAAGGUUGCUGGAAGUACAAAGACAAAAGCAGCAGUGAAAUCGUUUGCCCAGCCUGUUAAACCUAGGGGAAGACCAAAGUCUUUUCCACAAUCGGUUACAAAAGCCAAACCUCCAUCAGCUAGUAAACCUCCGCCAGUUUUCAAAUCUCCGUCUCCUGCUAAAUCUCCAUCAGCUACUAAAACAAGAGUGGAAAAAAGGACUCCAAAAGUAACGAAAGCAACUAAACCAAUAAAAUCUCCGAAAGCAACGAAGCCUAAACCUGCAGCACCCGUAGCGAAAAAACCCAAGGUCAAACGGGUUGAGAUUGCGAUGCCACCCAAGAAACGCAAGGAAAAUUUUGCAGCGGUGGUUCCCACAACCGUUACCUGUUUACUGUGCUCACAGUCCUUUGUCAGCCAGAAAACUCUCAGUCGUCAUAUGGCCACCCACGAAAAUGACUUGCUUAUAGAUACAUUGGUGAGUGAAAUUGCCUUACCUUUAAUUGCUACUCAAAUUUUAUUUCUUAAACAGCGGAAAAUCAAAAAUCCAGCAGCCAUUUUUUCGUUAUUAGCAUUUAUGGAGUAAACUUAAACUGUUUUC